GCUGAGCAUCCCCGCACAGCCAAUCACACCGUGCAUCCUCCUCUGAGCUGCACGGAGUCACUCUCACACUAAAAAGACCAAGUGUGUGGAAAAGUGGAACCACGGCACUUUCACACUUCUUCUUCUUCACUUGUGCAAGCAGCUGGCCAGCAUGAAGAAAACUCCAAAUUCAGCGCUGAAGAGGUCCUUUGAGGUUGAAGAUGUGGACACUUCAGCUCACUCUUCUCCCGGCUCCCGUCGCACAACCAACUCCCCCCACCGCAACGCCAUGUCCCCCACCAGCAUCUACUACCGUGACCUGGGAACGGCAGCCCCAGUUACCAACAACAACAACCUCAACUACACCCAGCCUCGCUCCAUUAUGGGCGGAGGAGGCUCCAAGACCCCCGAGCCUGUGCCACGCCGCUCAGAGCUUUCCAUCGAUAUUUCCUCUUCAUCCAGCAAGCAAGUGGACAAUGCCACAAGCCCCGCCUCCACACGCUUUGUAACCAACAGCGCCCUGAAGCGCCCAGAGGUCCUCGGCCACUCGAGGACUCCUGAAUUGAGCCACAAGAGGGAGGUCACUUUUGCCAAGACACCGACAGACUCCCCAGGGACACGUCGAAAUGAAGGCAGCAGCAACACCAACGGGACCAGUCGGACCCCGGAGCACAGUCACAACCGCAAGCUUGAGUCCGCCAGUCCUGGAGAUGUUCGCAAACCUGAAAUCAGCAUCACGAGGGCUCCGGUGGAAAACAACGGCCACCACGCACCAGUGCACCACCCACACCAUCCGAAUCCUCACCACAAUACCAUCGUCACUACCUUCCGAUGCGCCUCACCAAACCACGCUGGACGCAAAUCCCCCAACCCUGACCGGUCAGAGGUCAGCCUGAGCCAUAGCAACAUGUCGGAACACGCCAAGCCCCACCAUCCCAACCCGCACGGAAAAGGAGACAAGACUCAUGGUGGAGACUUCAGCUAUGUCGGCAUCGAUGCCAUUCUGGAGCAGAUGAGGAGAAAGGCCAUGAAGCAAGGCUUUGAGCUCAACAUCAUGGUUGUGGGGCAAAGUGGCUUGGGCAAGUCUACUCUUAUGAACACGCUGUUCAAAUCGAAAGUGAGCCGCAAGUCAGUUCAGCCUAGCGCUGAGGACAGGAUCCCGAAGACCGUGGAGAUCAAGUCCAUCAGUCAUGAUAUUGAGGAGAAAGGUGUGAGGAUGAAACUGACAGUUAUCGACACUCCAGGCUUUGGGGAUCAGAUCAACAAUGAAAACUGCUGGCAGCCCAUCAUGAAGUUCAUCAACGACCAGUAUGAAACCUACCUGCAGGAAGAGAUCAACAUUGACAGAAAGAAGAGGAUCCCAGACUCCAGGGUGCACUGCUGCAUAUAUUUCAUCCCUCCCACUGGCCACUGUCUGAGGCCCCUGGAUGUGGAGUUCAUGAAGCGUCUCAGUAAGGUGGUGAACAUUGUGCCGGUCAUCGCGAAGGCUGACACACUCACCCUGGAGGAGAGGGACUUCUUCAAGCAGACGAUUAGGGAAGAGCUGCGGGCCAACGACAUUGACGUCUAUCCUCAAAAAGAGUUUGAUGAGGACACUGAGGAUAGAAUGAUUAAUGAUAAAAUCAGGGAGAUGAUCCCUUUUGCUGUGGUGGGUAGUGAUCAAGAGUACCAGGAGAACGGGAAGAGGAUUCUGGGCAGGAGAACAAAAUGGGGCACCAUAGAGGUGGAGAACAUUGCACACUGCGAGUUUGCUUACCUACGAGACCUUCUUAUCAGGACACACAUGCAGAACAUCAAGGAUAUAACAAGCAGCAUCCACUACGAGACAUACCGCGUGCGCCGCCUCAAUGAGUCCAAUAUUCAUUUCACCUCUCACCCGCCCGAGCGUCCUGCUGCUCAGCCAAAGGCCAACGGUCAGCCUGAACAGGUGGCUGUCCCUGUGCAUGCCAACGGCGUGGCUGUUCAGCAUGAAGUUCUCACCCAUGAGAUGUAGAGUCCAGCUGCACAACAGGCACGCACACAUCUAUUUUGUUUACAUGAUCAGCUCCAUGUCCAUACAGUCUCUCUCACACACACUCACACUCACGUCUCAAUGGGACUUUUUCAGUCACUUUUUUUACGCAACUCUGAUUCCAAUCCAGAUUGUCUUUAUAAUCUCCAUCCAGGAUAGUGUCAAGAAGCACACACGGCAUUUAAUCAUCAUCAUGGCAGCAUUUUUUUUAACAAUAGAUUAGCUCUGACUUGUGCCACUGGCCUGGUUUGUGUUGUUGCAUACUGUAGUUCUGUUUCGGAUAUUUAGAUUAGCAGAUGAGCUUUAACGCAUUUAGGAGGAAGACAAUGUUGACGCCUCCACAUUGCAAUUGAGAAAAGAGAGACAAAAAGCGUGGAGCAGCUAAUGGAAAAGUUUUGUCAUCCCCCCCCCACUGUGAGGCUUUUAAAUCCCUUCUAGUCUCUUUCUAUAUAACACCGUACGCCAGUCACCUUGUAUUUUACAGUGCUCAUUUACCCGUGUAUUUUUAUUCAUGUUGUGGAGAAAUCUGUGCCCCCUGUAAUCCAUUUCUUUUGCCUGUACAUCGAUAUUAAAAGUUAUUUUUUUGUAUUAUAAAAAAUAUUUGUGUGUUUGGUUAAGCCAUUCUUUCAGCAACUGUUGAAUUCAAGAGGUUUUUGGCCAGAAAAUAGCAAUAAGUUGUUUUGUUGCACCCCAUUUGGAAAAAGCUGCACUUUAGGACAUUCCUGUUAACACUGCCAUGUUUUUGCCCUUCUUGUCCGUCGCUCUCCGGGUUAAAUACUCUAGUUUUCCCGUAUUUUCUGGAAAAUGUCCCUUAUUUUCAAAUGCAAAUGUCGACAGGUAUGCUUUAGGACCUGGUAGUGAAGCGCACGUUUAUGUUUGUCAUGAAUCCAUCUAAUAGUGACAUAGAAGUGUGAUGUUGACGUUGCGAGCUAGUUUCAGUUGCAUGGUUUUGCUGUCACUUAGAAAUUGUGUGCAAAGAAACUUCUUAAACGUCCUUUCAAUAACCCCAAUUUUUUUGUGACACAUUUUUUGUAUUAAACAGCCUCCAGGGACUUCUUUUGCAACAUUUCCAUAAUCCUCUUGGGUACAGAGUAUCACAUCACCACAAACGUUUAGUUCAAUCCCGUCCAGAGGAAGAUAACUUUGUUUAUUGUUGUAUAGUUCAUUGUAAUUUGUGACCGUAUCAUAGAUUAAGGUUUUAUCUUCCGUAUGCUAUCUCUAAGAAUAAAGAUGGAUA